AAAUUCUGAACAUUCCACUUGAUUUGUAUAUAUAGGUCCUAAAACAGUAACGCAAUCAUACUGCUGCUUUCAUCUUUUUAAUAGCUCCUUCCAAGAAAAAACAUAUCUAAUCUAUUCUAGGACUUACUCUGUGUUCCAGGUCUUUUGGAGGAAGACAACACACUUUUAAUCAUGAAGACUCUUCUGCUUUUCCUAACUCUUUGUGGCAUGAUAACAGCAUCAUAUAGCUGUACAUCAGACUCAGAUUGUUCUAUUGAUCAGACCUGCGGGGCUUCUACUAGCACCUGUUCAUGUAAUACAACAUACUACAAAAGACAAGAUUUUCCUCCAAGCCCAAACUUUGAGUGCACUGCUAAUACACUAUUUGUGGAUAUACUAAAGUGCCAACUGGAGAAAAGCAGCUAUUUAUCAACUAACGUACACCUGAAUAAUGAGAGCUGCAUAGGAGAGGAUCAGAUUUUUAAUAACAGUACUGCCAAGCUGAUUUUUAGACGACCACUGAAAGAGGGAGACUGUGGUACUAUUUUAAAAGUAAAUAAUAGUUUCAUUACUUAUUCCAAUACCUUGUACAUUUCUGCCAAAGCAUCGAAUAUAGUAUCCAAAAAUAAUGUCACUAUCUCUUUAAGUUGCUCAUUUCCAGUAAACAUCACUGCAGCUCUUAAUGUUUCCUUGAAUCCAAAACUUGGGUUCUCACAGAUAAUUGUCCCUGAAAUGAAUGCGGUGCUGUCAGUAAGUAUGGAGGUGAACAUAAACCCAGAAUUUACUAUUUUGGUCAAUGAUCAAACAGUACUCAAAGUGGAAGAUCCUUUAUAUGUCUCAGUGAAAAUACCAUACUUGGAUGCAGAUUUUUUUUCAGUUUCGGUUGUCAACAUUUAUGCAUCCCCACUUCCUAGUGGUGUCUCACCAGUUUAUAUAUUUACUGAUAGUUGCCCCAUACCCGAUUAUGAUGGUCUUGUCACAGUAGUAAGAAAUGGAUUCGGUACUGAAGCUCGUUUUAUACUAAAAGUCUUCAAGAUUUCUGGAUAUGAUACUCUCAGUCUAUUUGCUGAUGUUAAAAUUUGCAAUGGCACAUGUCCAAAGGACUGCAGUUCCAGAAGUUCAGGACAGGCUAGAGAAGGAGGAAACAUUGCAACAGUGAAAGUGCCAGACUUAUCUGCAGAAAGAAUUGAUUAUUCUGGCGCCUUUGAACGUUUUUCAAUGUCGUGGACACUGAGUUCUCUGCUCAUGUCUCUUCUGUUUCUGAAAUUGAUGUAACUGGGCUUUCUACACAAAUACAUCAAAUUUGCAUGGAAACCAGUGGUUUUGGUGGUAAUUUAGAACCUACUGAGCCACUGAAAGAGAUUAACGAUCCACCUGCCUUUGCUUAUUUCCUCCUUUCAUAAUUAGCUGCCUACAUGUAAAUGAUCUCUACUGAGCUUGCCUGGCUGCCAAAGUAAAAGACUGUGUAUAUAUAUAUCCCUCAGAAGACUCUAGUGCCCAAGGCAAAAUUAAACGAUAAUCAAGGCCUUGAGUUGCAUUAAUUUAUUUCCGCUGGUUUAUUGACGCUUUUAUAUCUUUAUAUUUUGUUGUAUAGUUUUCUGACAUUAAAAAAAGUGAGAACAAUUACAACCUUAAUAUUUAUCUUGUUCUAACCAGUAACUUUGAUAAAAGAAAGAACAGACUGCUCUGUUACAAUAAAAGCAUUUGUGUGUAUUAGGAAAUAAAGAAUAGGGCUGACACGUGAGAAGAUCCAUGAGGAGAUUUUGAUUGAUUGAUUGAUUGAUUGAUUGAUAAGUAACUGUGUCCAUGUGGAUCUGGAGUUCGAUCCUAGUCAUAGACAAUAAAAACAAAACAAAGCUCAGACUCAUUGAAACCUAUAGUGGCACAAAACAAAUGGGAAUCGAAUUAUAACAAAAUCAGUGCCUAUUAGACACUAGGUUUAGAGUAUAAAUGUAUUCUAAAAGCAGAACGGUCUCUAGUUCAAACUGCCAUCAUAAAGGAGAAUAUCUUUUUUUAAAUGAGUGUAACUGUACCCUUUACAAUUCUAAUGAUAAGUGUGAAACGGUAAAUUGCUGUGAGCAUGGAAACUAUAAUUCCAAUGAUACCGUAUGUGAUUAAAAGUGCAAUGCUGGCAAGGCCGGAUUGGCUUACCAGGAUACCAGGAGAUUUCCGGUGGGCUGCAGCAUCUGAGACUGGAAAGCUACAAUUUAAAGGGGUGUUUAAUAAAUUCAUUUGGGUUGUAGGUGCCUGUAUAACAGCAAUCUUGUAAAAAAAAAAAUUAAUACAAACUAAAAUAAUACAAUUCUGAAAAUAAAUAUUAGGGGAAGGAGUAUCCCCUUUGAGAAAAAUGAGGCACAUGCAUUCUACUGACUGAAAUAGGGCUGGUCUAAAAUUUUUCCAGGGUUGCUUUUUAUUCCCAGUCUGGCCCUGAAUGUUGGCAACCCCAGAGGUCAAGUGUGGUCUUUAAAAUAUGCCUGAGUCAGCCAUCUAUAGGAUCAUACCGCACUACAUUCCCAAUAAAUAAAUGUCUGUCAGGGACAAUGAAGGAGCGGAUGCUUGUGUGUUUUUUAUGAAGUGUUUUGUUUACUGUUCUAUAUGUUUCUGGCAGAAUAACAACUCUACAUGCUACUAAUAUAUAAGUAGUGUAUAUAUUAUAUCUAGUCAAAUUAAUGUAAUAAUAAAUGGGUAAAUCAGAUUAUAUUAUCACCUGUAUAUAUUAAAAGGAUAUAAAACAGUCUGUUUCAUUGUUGCAAUAAAAAAGCUCUCAGCUAUAUUAUUCAUAAUUUUAAAAA